AGCGCCUGGAGAAGAGAACAAAAUGAAAAAGCCAACCGCCACGGCCGAAGAUUUGGCUUUGGCGCGGGCUUUGCAGGAGGAGGAAGACGCAGAUUUCGCCUUGGCCGCACAACAACAGGAGGAGGAGGAGCAGCAGCGAUUUCUUUUGCGAGAAGCAGCAGAAGCGAAGACGGCUUGGGAUGCGGGAAAAACCACUGCCGAGGCAGAAAUCCUCGCUGACCAAAUUGUCGGCGCACCGCAAGUGCUAGGAUCACAGCUUGAUCUUCUAGCAGAAGGAGAUCGUGGAUUUCCUGGUCCUACUCCUGCACCGCCGCCGCACAAAAAGGACAACAAGACCCCCGAGGACCUGGCGACGCAGCGUGCGCGGUGGGAAAAGCUGCACAGUGAGGGAGAAAAGGUUGAAACCUUCGAUGCAAAAAAGAAUGAAAAACUCCUGCCGGAAAACACCAUUCUGGACCCGCAACGGGCAGCGAACUAUUUGCAGGAGCGGAAAGAGGCGGCGAACCAGAAGCGGCUGGCGCAAGCGAGGUACGGGGCGAAGGUACCGACUGGGCAGGCAACAGCAGCAGCAGCAGCAGCAGCAGCAGCCACAACGUCCCCAGGACGAGACCACAAGGCCGAAGAGGACGAAAAGCAAACCGACCCGCAUUUCGUCCAGACCAUCUUGGACAAAGCCAGCCAGGCCAGGAAGCGCGAAGCCAAAAUUACAGCGAGGAACAGCGUCUCGGGACGGGAAAGGCGAAAUAGUACAACUUCUAGCGGUGGUGGUGGUCCCAGGUCGUCUAGAGCGCAGAGGGCUUUCCGGACGGAAUUGCUGGACCAAGAGGUAUAUCCUGUGCAAAAGUAUCGUACUCGUAAUAAUCGCGAUCUUGCAUGACAAACCUAUCUCUUUACCUGAAUUAGCAUUACAAGUUCCAUUUUUCUUUCUGAUAAAAUUUGUGAUGCAAUUACUAUACAUUAUAUUCAUGUUAAAAAUUUGUUUUUUUUUGGUUCCUUUUUUGUUGUCUUUUUGUAAAAAAGAGGUCGACAGAGGUAGAAAAGAGGUCGACAGAGGUGGAGAGGUGGCGCGGGACCCCGUUCGAGAGGGUCCGCGAGAGGGUGCGCGAAUAAGGCCCGCAGUAAGCGCCCACCCUUAGGCGCCGCCUAAGUGGCACAGAGGGUGCAGAGAGGUCAAAAAGAGGGGGCGCGAGAGGUCGACAGAGGUGGAGAGAGGUGUUGCGAAUAAGGGGCGACCUCUCGCGGACCCUCUUGGCCACCUCUCGGCCACCUCUGUCGACCUCUACCCGCGAGUAUAGCCGGACUAUUAGCGGGGACCCCCAAAAGAGGUCAAAAAGAGGGUCUGCGAGAGGUCUGCGAGAGGGUAAAAGCACAAAGAAGCGGGCGCGAAUCCGCAUGGUAGUGCCCAUAUUUGGCAUUGCAGGCCAUUCGCGGACUUGUUUUGUUCGGCGCCUUUCCCCGCCACCCUCUCGCGCACCCUCUCGCGCACCCUCCCGCGCCACCCUCUCGCGCCACCCUCUCCCGCCAUGCGGCUUCUGUUCGCCCCCGGUGUUCUUUGCAGCUGCUCCCUGCGCAGAGCGCCCACAGGCGCGGGAAGCGCGCAAGUGGUCCUGCGGCUUGGCUCGGCGCAAAUCGGCGGCAGGAAUCCAGUAUGUUUCGUUGUGCCUACUAGGCCCGUGGGGUUGUGGUCCGAGCGGCAAACAGCCUUGCCCCGGCCCAACAGCCUUGCGCUCCGGCGGCAGCCGGAGCAUGGCUGGUUUAUAUUAGUGCGAUGCUUUUGCAAUGCAUAAGGUGGAAGUAGAAAAGGAGAAAGCGAUUAUAGGCUCAACUUCGCCGGAGCAAGUGCUGUUCCGGAACCAGUUGAACGCUAUUACGGAUGCGUUAUCAAAUGCCAAAAUGUCUGGGUCUGGGACAAAGCAACUUGUCAUGCUAAAUCUGAAUCAUGUAAAAAUCAGUGUUGCGUGAUUACCAAAAGCUGUCCACAUUUGAAUUAAUCGAGAGGCAGUUUCUCAUGCAGGAAAGGCAUUAUAGAACUCUCACAGAAUCUGUCAUGCUAUGUCCUACAUACCAGACCUCAUGGGUCAUGGAAAACCUGCAUGACACGUCUGGCACUCUUCCAGACCCAGACACUUUUGCAGUUGAUAUGCGUUUCAUGCAAACGAAAACGAACCAGCAGCGGUGGUGGCCAUUCGGGAGGAGCGAAUACCACCGAAGAAGGAGAAGAUAAUUGCAACGAAAACCACCGACGAUCGCGGCUACAUAGAAGAAGCAGAAGUACAACCAGCAGGGAGUACUAUCAAGCGUGUUACCUGGGGAGCUGCUGGCGCAAAUUCUCCGGCGCCACCUAGAGGCGGUCGUACAGGGGUGUAUAAUUCACCGCAGCCAAAUGAAAUCAAAACUACGGGGCAACAAGCGCAAGAACAGCCGGCGAAGGUGGGCUUGGAUGCGGGUGGUGUAGAAAAUCAAAAUAGUACUGAAGCUGGACCACGUUCACGCGCUGUUGUCUGCCGAGAUGCCGACCCAGUAGUAGCUCUUCCUGCAGCAGCACAGCAACACCUCUUCUCCCCUCCGCUCUACACGUGCCCGCUGUGUUUUGAAGAUUUUCCCGAGACCGAGAUGAUCACGCUCGACUGCAAACACAGAUUCUGCAGCGAAGAUUUUUUGAAUUUUCUCACGUCGAAGAUAACGGACGGUCAGGUCGCAGACGACGAAUUGACGUGCCCGAUGCCAGAGUGCAGGGAGAAGCAAAAGAAAGACCCGAGUAAUAAUCUUCAUGCAGCCACGACGAUUCCAGUGCACUUGAUCGAGACGGAGCUGCGGUUGAAGAAGCAGCAGCGGAAAACCAUCGCGGAAGGAGAAAGACUGGAGGAGCUGUGGGAGAAAUUUCUGCAGUUCCGCCUGAAAAUUUUCCAGCCGAAAACGGGGAAAAUCGUGCUCUGCCCGAAAUGCGAGACGCAGACCAUUGUGAACCAGAAUUUGAUCUCUGUGACCUGCCCGGAGUGCAGUCACAAAUUCUGCCCCAAGUGCGGGGAAAAGCCGCACCCGAAGUUCGCGAAGUGUGAGGACUACAAACAGUACCUUCUCGAGACGAGCCAAGGGGAUCAGAAGUUAGAAACGCUGUUGGAAGAGGAGAACUGGUGCCGCUGUCCGGUGUGCUCAAUCCCCGUGGAACGGGAGUCCGGGUGCAAUUUCAUGCAGUGCCCCUCCCCCCUGUGCCGGAACAAAACUUUUUUCUGCUACGUUUGCGGCGAAAAAGUGGAUAAGGACAACCACUACGCGCACUACCAGAAGGGGCCGUACGAAGAUUUUUGCGUGAACCGGCCGGAGGGCGUCAAAGGGAAGAAGGCGGUCUACGAGGGACCACCGGUUAGAGGAGGUGGCAAUCAGCCGUUUUUCCAACGAUUGUUUGCGCGGGAUCGCGGAGAUGGAGAAGAUAAUCAAGAGCAAGACGCCGGACACCAAAAUCAGAAUCAAAACGCCGGGUGGUUCCAAAAUUGGUUUCGGAAUCCAAGGGAGCAGGUGGAGGAGGUGGUGGAGGAAAAUAUUCGUGCUUUAAACGACAACCUUCGCGGAGGCUAUCAGGGGUAUGAUUUUUGAGAAGGGGAUGACGAACGUCGCAGGGAUACGAUUUUGUCGUUUCGAGUUCGUUCUUUAUUCACGACGUCCUUCGCGUGCUUGUGCUUCCGUAAAAAUAUUGAAAAUUCUGCGUAAAAGCAGAUUUCGUAAAGCAAGUGUAAGUUCUUCUGUCGAGUAAAAAACUCAACAUCGAUCAUCGAGUGAACAUGAACGGGUCGGAAUGAUGAAGCAACAUCCUAGCAACAGUAAUACGGCAAAGGUCUUGCCGCCGCGGUUGAUACGAGCUGUUGUCAUUCGACUUUCCGGUACAUAAGUGCUGCUUUCAUGACGAGUAUUCACCUCCUG